GCGUAGAUGAUUUUGAAUGGCGACCAACAGAAACUGGUGYAUUCGGUUAUGGUUUCGCGACUCUGCAAUUUUCACUCGUUCUUUGAAAAUCGGGGCAUGAACCUGGGACAUCAACUUUUUCUUGCCAAGACCAGCGAUGAUAAGUCGCAAGCUUCCCGCAUCUUCUAGUACAUGAAAUGGAUUCGAAUAUGAAGUUCUCUGAGUUAGAAAUGUAUUUGUUUCCGGACAAUGUGUGCAAUUUAAACUUGUGGCAGGGAGUGACACUCGAUGAAGAUCGCGAGUCUUUGGGCCGAGAGUUCGACGGACGGGAUGCGAGCGAACACGUGCAAGAAAACCAGGUUCGAGAAAAUCCUCCCUCUCCCGCAGUCGAACCGAAACGGGUCCGGUUCGCUAUCGACGAUGGACCAUUGAUCGAAAAAAGAAAGAAACGAAGCCUUCGUGAGACCAUCAUCCUAAAAUCUACGGAACAACAGCAACAACAUGGUGACAACAGCACUAUCCKYAUGCGCGGCAGAAAUUCAAGUGCGAUACAUAACGACAAGAGCAAUCGACGCUAUCGGAAGAGCAGUCGGCGCCGUAGAAGAACCCGUUGGUGAAGGAAAGAUUUGCAUUAAUUAACGACAGAAAACACACCGCAAACAAUCGACAUUCAUACAUGAUGGCAUAGAAUUCACACUUGACACGAACAGUGUGGCAAUGCUGAUGCAAUUGAAGAUGCCAAACGCCCCACUUUGAAAAUUCGUUCUAAAAUCACUUGAAUCCGCGGCCUUGUCAUUCGGUACGAUUCUAAAUUUCAAAGAGCAUAAAAUACGAAUAGAAUACGCUAUGCAUUGAAUUGCACAAUUUAACAAYUGCAUCUCAAAAGACUGAUCCAACCAUUAUGAUUCAAAAUCUCUGCUCCGUCGAGGUGAGAAUUGUUCCUCCACUAGAGGAGAUGGUCAUCGUGUUUCUCUUUGCACGCACACCAUUUAGGAAUAAAUUCUCUGAUGGCGUCGAUAAUUAUCGUCGGGUCAACGCAGAAGUUCUUUCUGCGAGCUUGCCGUCUUUCAUCAAGUUCGGUUGCGAWAACACGCUGAAGCAUAUUCGAUGAUUCACUUGCCAGCAUAUUAUCUCCAUCGGAACUACGGUUAACAUAUGCAGUAAAACUGGGGGCCUCACUUGCACUCAAUAUUUCUUCAUCGGAACUCUGAGAAAAGUACACGUACGAGUAUUCUAUACCUGAAUCUCGGGCAAGUGUUCCGAAGUAGUAUGGUAUCAAAUAGUUGUGGGGAAAAAAUUCAAUCAAGUGUGUGCAAUGUUUGUUUGCCAUGAACGGGACUCCUGUUAACUGCGCCCCGUGUGGAGAAAUCAACAGAUCGAUGCCAUGAAAAAACCGAACUUGUGCCUCGAAGUCUUCCCCUUCAAAAUACUGCACAGAAACAGAUUGUUGCGAUGAAAGUGAUAUUGUUGAGAACUGGCUUUGAUUACCUCCUAUAUCCGCCCCAAUUAUUUCGUCUACCAGAUGCUCAGGAUUCAAAAUUGAGCGUGUUCGUUUUCGGUUCAAAAUUCCAAUUCUGGGAGAAGGACAUGAUGUUGGGUUGGAAUUUGCGCUUUUUUCCGACAUCUCWCUAUCAAUUGCAAAAUGGUGAUCGACCAAUUCAUUCAAUUUAUCAACGUGGGAUACAACGAAGCCAGAGGUACUGUUCAUUUCAACAGACUGAAAAUCAACUUUGCUAACAGUU